UAAAUGGCGUCAUCAAAGAUGGCAGCCCCCACUGUGGAGGACGAUGAUGCUUUUGUUUUUGUGUUUGACAGACGAUCCACAGAUGCACCCGAAGUUAAAAUUCCUACCGGAGGGUUGUUUAACUUCGUGGAUUUCAAAGAGAGAGUCAGAGAGGCGCUUGAUAUAACGAAGAGAGACCAGUUUGUCAUCGCAACUACCAAUCGCGAUGAGAUCAAGGAUGAUGAAUCUUGGGAUAUGAUUGACAAGGGGGACACCCUGUACGUCAUGAAACAUGUUCAGCAAGAGCUGUGUGCCCCAGCCCAGGAGCGUGUCAACUACCUGCCUCACUAUGAUACCAUUGUCAAAGGUGGCAUGUACGAGUACUAUGCCUCUGAAGGACAAAAUCCUCUCCCCUAUGCGUUUGCAGAGCUGAUCGAUAAUGCUCUGGCAGCUACAGCUGACAACAAUGGGCCCAGGAAGAUAGACAUUAGACUUCAUUUUGACGAUGCCAAUCCAAGCAGGAGCUGCAUCUCUGUGAUUGACAACGGCAAGGGCAUGACCCCACGGCAGCUGAAUAACUGGGCCAUCUACAGACUGUCCAAGUUCAUCAGGAAGGAGAAAGGCCGAGGUCCUGGCUCAGAGGCCCGAGAUUCCAACAACUUGUCAUUUGUUGGGGAGGAGAAUGUCCCCCGCUACAUGAACAGCGACAUCUCCUACUUUGGUGUCGGUGGCAAACAGGCAAUAUUCUACAUCGGCAGCUCAACCCGAAUGAUCAGCAAACCGAAAGAUUCCAGAGAUGUUCACGAGUUGACGAUAUCAAAAGAAGAAUUUGAGAAGAAGGAGAAAAACAAUGAAGCAAUAUACAGUGGAUUUAUCAGGAACAGAAAGCCAUGUGACAACUCUCAUAUUCCUGUGGAGGAUGAGAUUAUCCGACGACUCGUCCUGGAGGAGAACAAGCGUGAGAGUUUCACGGCUGUCGUGAUCCAACUCAUCAACCCGUCACACAUUCCAUACCUCAAACACAAGAUGAAGGAGUGGACACGACAGCUAUCUCACAUCUACCACUACUAUCUACAUGGACCUGACGGCAAUGUAGAUGACGACACUCUGGCAAGCAAGCAGAACAACCCAUUCAAAAACAUAGAUAUCGAGGUGAGCCUGUACACCAGAGGUGGGCCCCAGCCCAAGGUGGUCAAUCUGCGAGAUAUUGAAGACGACAUGCAGUCCAUGUUCCUGCACACAGCUUCCAGCAACUUUGAGUUCAAGGCUCUCGUAGACGGGACAAACAUUGUGGAGGGGGUCCUCCGGUACCACCCCUUCCUGUACGACAGAGAGACCUUCCCUUCAGAGGCUUAUGAUCCAAGAAUGGACCCCGAGCCAGAGGAUGACCACGACUACGCCAUCAAUGACAGACCAGCUAGGGGAAGAAGACCUGUGUUUGAGUGCUACUGGAAUGGACGACUCAUACCAUACACCCUGAUUGAGGACUUUGAGUGGUGCUGCCCUCCCAAGAAGCCCAAGGCCAUUCCAUCCGAUUGUUACAACAGAGUGUCUGGGGUGCUCUGGACCAAUGACAGCUUCCAAGUGAGCACCAACAAGCUGACGUUCCUGGACCUGGAGAUGAAGCUGCGAGACAAGAGUACCAGCUUUAGCCGGAUACACAGCGGCCAUGAAAAGAGAACAUCUAUCGAGAAGGAGUUUGUGUCAUGGCUGAAGGAGUGUCAUGACAAGCAUGACAAACAGAUCUUCUUCAGUAGUUUCCGUGGGACCAUCACCAGGACGGACCUCCCCAAACACAAGCAGUCGCCGUGGGCAGUGUACGACCAAGUCGAGUGGGACGGUAGACUCUACAAGAAGGGCUCCCUGGUGAAGAUCAUGCGCACCCUGCCGCCCAUGAUGGGGACAAUCAAGUGUUUCAUGUUGUACGGAGACCACGAUGGAGAAGUAUACUCCACUGGGGGCGACCUCGAGAUCAUACAGGAACCCAAAUCGGUGUAUGACGACACCAAGAUAGUUCCACUGUCCCGCCUUGACCGUACAGCCUCCCACCACAUGGUCAAGAAGUUUAUUGAAGAUGAAGAGGCCAAACUCCCCGAUAGCUUGAUCAUCAGUUGGCCAGAAGGUAAUGAAGUGAAGCAGAAUGGCCGCCGCCCAGCAGGAGAGACCGUUGGUGAUGUGAAGGUAGAGAUCUGUAACAAGAGGGGCGAAAUGAUUAGCAAGCUACCUGGGACAGCAGCCACAUCCAAGAAGCUGCUGGUCGAGCUCAAGAUCAUCUGGCAUUCUCCAGAUGGCGAUGAGGUGAUUGUGUCUCACAUCAGUCAGCAUGGCAAGAACUGGCCAUACUGGUUCAGGAAGAUGGAGAAUGUGAAGAAUCUUGGCCCCCACACACUACAGCUGCAGACAGUUCUCAAUGAGAGUGGAGCCACAAUGUUUGCAGGGAGGGAGCUUCCUUCAUACAAGAUCCGCUUUAUUGUCACAGAGGCAGAGCCAGAAAGGUUUACUGUGGGCCUGCUGGAUGGCCCGUUCAAGGUGGGCGUGCCCUUCCAGAUACCGCUCGAGUUCCAGGACAAAUACAACCACCCAGCCAAGCCUCCCUCCAAACUCAAGCCGGACUUCACUGCUGCGGGACUAGAGUUGUCCUACAGUGAUGCUCACAUCAAGGGGAACAGCAUCAUCAUCCGGGGAGUGGAAGCAAGGGGCACCGUCACAACCAGUGCCGGCAAGAACUUUAAUCUGACUGUGAAGAUCCCAGGGCUGGAGGAAGAUUCACAAUCUUUGAAGAUACGGCUGUUGCCAGGUCCCGCCAACGCACUGGUCGUCACUCCGGAGGAUAUGCAGGAGAUCGAGAACGGCAGCCCUGUGUCCUUCAAUGUGGUGGUCCAAGACGUAGCCAAUAAUGUCACAUCUGAAGGGAAGCAGAUUAUAACAUGCAAGUUUUCCGGUGCAUCAGGCCUUCCGACGUACACAGCUGACUGCAGCAACAGCAGCAGCUGCACCCUGACUGGCGACGCCCUCACAUUGAGGAAGCUUGUCAAGGAGCAGAUCAUCACAGCCAAAAUAGACAUUCAGGGCAUGAAGAAUGUCCAGUCAAUCGAGAAGAAAAUCCUUGUGAAGCCAAGUUUUCGUGUGACCAGCUUUAACUUGACCUAUGGUUCUGAGGCUAACAACAAAGUUACCAGGGUCAGCAUACCUAGCUCAGGGGAGAUAACUGGUAUUGCUGGGCAGCCUAUCAAAGAUAUCUGUUUCAAGCUGUUCGAUGAGGGAGGACGUGAAACUACACUCGAUGAACAGCUGGCAAGUAAGGUCAAGGUCAACUGGGUGCCGAAGGUGUCAAGAGAGGUGAUUCUCCAGGGAAAGCUGCCAGACAUCAAGAUCCCCAACUCUGUCAGCGAGUCCAAGUACUGUCACGUCAACCUGCUCCAGGGGCCGGGGGUAGAGUUCACCUUCACCGUCAGGUGUGUCCCCGGUCCCCCCUCACAGCUCAAGUGUGUGUGUCAGGGUACCAAGGCUCUCCAGGUUGGCCAAGAACUGGACCAACCCAUCCUGGUCACUAUCAAGGACAAGCAUGGAAACACCAUCAAUGAUCUGCCGCCAUCAACAGCUCGUGAGAUCAAGGUUUCUGGGGCGUUAUUGAACGCUGACAGCAUCCGAGUGUCAUCACAGCAGAAAAACUUUGUAGUUCAUGGAGUGAGGUUUGACAAGGCUGGUGUGGGAACACAGGAGCUGGAGGUCACCUGGAAUGGCCUCAAAGACUAUGUGCGGCUCGAGGUCGCUGCAGGACCCCCAGCCCAGCUGGAGCUGAUUGGCUGGACACUGGAGCAGGCUGUGGCUGUGUACAAUGACAGCAAGCUGCCCCAUUCACUCAAAGUACAGCUUUUGGAUGAGGCAGGGAAUCCAUCAAAAACUGCAGAUAUAAAAAUACAGAUCGCUAAGGAUCCCAAAAUAAAGCUGAUACCAGCACCGCAGCCUCUGAAGACAAAUGCUCAGGGUAUUACUGAUUUUGGGCUGCUCACAGUCAGUGCCACAAGAGGUGUGUAUGACAUUCAACCGAAAGCAUUCUACAACAAGUCUGUGAUAUCAGGACCAAAAAUAAAGCUGAACGUGCAGUCCGAUCCCACGCGGCCUGUGGAGCUGCAGGUGGACUACAGCAAGAAUGCAGCCUUUGUAGCAGGCGACAUCUUCCCAGAGUUCUCAGUGAAGGUCAUGGCUGAAGAUGACAGUGUAAUGGCGACUGCCAACCCAACACAUCUCAGCAUGAAGUUGUGGAAGUGUGACUCUGCCAAUCAGAAUAUGCCCCCCUCAAGGACUGCAACGUCCAUGAGCCCUGACACCCCACUGAAGUCAGACAAGGGAGUGUUUCAUUUUAGGAAGAGGAGCGUCCCGGAGCAGGCUGGAGCCUAUAAUGUGAUGUUUGUGUUCUUUGAUGGGAAGCAUGAGCUGUACAGCACAGUGAUCUCCAUCAAUGUGAUGCCUGGGCAGCCUGUGGAGAUAUCACCCCAAGACUCCCCAGGUACACCGACUGUGUCCAACACACGCAAUGCCGCCUCACGCUGCCUCAUCAGACAUCUCAAGCUCACAUUGAAGGAUAAGUUCAGCAACCACAUGGGGGAGAAGUACAAUGGCCGACUGACGCUAGAGAUUACGGCCCCCGAGGGAGUCAGCGAGAUACCCUGCUUUGUCGGCGGCACCAAGUCCCUGGACAUGUCCAUGCUGAAUGGACAGGUGCACCUUCAGAACCUGAUGUUACAAGAGAACACGCCUGGCAAAGAUGGACUGGAGUAUGUCCUGAAGUGCCACGUAUCAUGUGACAUCAUCCCCAGAAACAGAUCCAUUCCACAUUAUGAAAUACCAUUCCUCUUCUAUAAUGAUGCCAAGAAGCAGUCUCAGAUGGCGGCGCUGUCGAAGGAGCGGGACAACCUGCAGUCAACCAUCAGAGCCUACAAGUCUAUGUUCGAGACCCAGCAGCAGCUCGUUAGUGAACUCCGGAUCUCAGUUCUUGAAGCUACAAGGGAGGAACAAAACAUUCGGGGUGAACUCCGCAAACAAAACAUUCCUGCAUCCCAGCUUCAAGAUAUUGGUGUGGUAGACAAACUUGUGGCAGCCCGUGUUAAAGAGAGGGAGCAACUGCUGAAAGUUCCAAGACGGCUCUGUGGUCUGCCCCCAGCACCCAAGGACCAUGAGGUCUUAGGAAAAAUAGCACACCUGGGUCGGGUUGAAGAUAACGACAUUGCACGUGUCAUGUCAUGGCAUAUGUCAGCUGACAUGGACUGUGUCGUCACUCUCUCCACGAAGAAGGCCAAGGAGAUCUAUCACCAGACCAACGGGAAGCAGCAGGUGCUCCCCCUGGACUCCAUCUACAGGAAGAACCUGCCAGACUGGGGCAAGCCGCUGCCCCACACGAGGUUCCGCCCCAGCUGGACUCCGCCCGGCAACCCUGUGUAUGCCCGAGAUAUGCUGCUGUUUCCGCAGGAUCAGGAAAACUGCAGAAUAGUGUUCGGCAUGCUGCUGGGGGACACACUCAUCCUGGACACACUGGACCACGCCAACUCUUACAGACAGGAGAUCAUCAAACACACACACUGCCCCACCAUCUUGACCCGCAAUGGAGACAGAAUCCGCAGCAAUGGCAAGUUUGGAGGCACAAUGAACAAGGCCCUGCCUGUAGAAAAGCUGAGAGGUGCUGUGUUUAGUGAGCCUCUGCCUAUGGCUUAUCAUGCGUUAUGUACCCAGAUAGACACACUGCAGAGUUACAAGGGGGCCUUGGAGAGACAGAGCAAGGCCAAGACUGACCUACAGGAACAAAUAGAAUGCCAGAAACUACCAGAGAUGGUAAACAAAUACACAGAGUGUCAGGAUGCACAGAGGCAGCUCAAGGACAUAGAACACAAGCUGGGUGUGGGGCUCCAGCCUCGACAACGACCUCCUAGCAGCAACAGCGAUCCGAGGCUUAAGAACAGUAAUACCAUAGAAACACCGUCCAAACGUCAGAGAACAUUAUCUGGCUCCUCCUCAUCAACAACAGUGUCCAACAGCCAUCAGAAUGGAGAAGUGACAACGCCCACUCGAGCCAGCAAGAGGAUUGCCUCGAUGACAACAGUGGUGGCAGAGGAUGGUCGGAAGAAGCUGCGCAAAACAUGAUAGAAUUGUGGUUUAUUCCUCUGUGCCUUGUGGACUGUGUUGUGAUGGCAUCCUGAUAGUCUGCCUGCAGGACCACCUCAGCGUUCUCUCUUUCUUCUCCACAUGUGAUGUGGGUAAACCAGAUGAGGUGCUGGGGUGUAAGGGGAGUAACUCCUCCCUCUCAUGGAAAUACAACUCUACAAGCAACUGUGAGGCAAUGUUUGAGUGUAUUCAUGUUACAGGGCCUUAGUGAUUCCCAAUUUGGCCCUAAUUCUGUAUCCUUUCAACUUCAUUGACACUGUUAAGGGGUUGUCAAACAGUUAAAGGGAAUGAUAUAAUGAAUUAACUUACAGUUUACAGGAAAUAAGCUGUUUGAUCAAUUUGUCUGAUGGGAAUGAGGAACUGUCGGGCAAAUUGUGACAUUUUGGGGUUUGGUCAGUCAAUAAACUGCAUAUUCUAUUGACGUAAGAUUAAAAGUGUCUUAAAAAAGGCACAUUAAUGGGGUAAAGAUUGAUAUUUAUGAUAAUGGUAUGUGUGUAGUAAUUUGUGAAUCAUGUCAUUUCUCUGUCUACACAGUUGUUUUUUGUAUGAGUUUGUAGGUCAACAUUGUUAUGUUAAGGUGGAUACAAACUGCAAUAAGUAUGUUACAAGUCUGUGACAUUUAUAUAGAAAGAAUAUUUUCAUAUUAAUUGCUAGUCACGAGCUUGGUGCAGACAAUAGACAAACCAUAAACUGUGUCAUCUCUUGAUGUUCAUUUCACAUGAUAUAUACUUGUCUGUCAGUCAUGAUCCUGUGUGACCUCACUCCCUCAACACAAUAAUAUAGACUUGCAGCAUCACAUGUUGUCAUUCAUUUCAUGUCGUUAAUGUCAGCCUGGUUUAUCAGUUUUAGAAAUCCAAAAUUUCAGUUUCACUUCAUAUUUCAACACUGUGUUCAUUUGCCAUAAAUUGUAUCAUUUAAAGCUACUCACCAAGUGAGACCAUGGAAGUAUACAUUUUGUUAUGGUGAGGAGUGUCAUGAGGAUGGAUUGUGCAUCAUGAUGGGAGGGGUGUCAUGAUGGGAGGGUGUGUCAUGAUGGGAGGGUGUGUCAUGAUGGGAGGUGUGUCAUGAUGGGAAGGUGUGUCAUGAUGGGAGGGUGUGUCAUGAUGGGAGGUGUGUCAUGAUGGGAAGGUGUGUCAUGAUGGGAAGGUGUGUCAUGACGGGAGGUGUGUCAUGAUGGGAGGGUGUGUCAUGAUGGGAGGGUGUGUCAUGAUGGGAGGUGUGUCAUGAUGGGAAGGUGUGUCAUGAUGGGAAGGUGUGUCAUGACGGGAGGUGUGUCAUGAUGAGAGGGUGUGUCAUGAUGGGAGGGUGUGUCAUGAUGGGGUGUGUCAUGAUGGGAAGGUGUGUCAUGAUGGGAGGGUGCAUCAUGAUGGGGGUGUCAUGAUGGGAGGUGUGUCAUGAUGGGAGGGUGUGUCAUUAUGGAAGGUGUGUCAUGAUGGGAGGAAAGUGUCAUUAUGGAAAGGUGUCUUGAUGGGAGGGUGGUUCAUGAUGGGAGGUGUGUCAUGAUGGGAAGGUGUGUCAUGAUGGGGGGUGUCAUGAUGGGAGGUGUGUCAUGAUUGGAGGCAAGUGUCAUUAUAGAAACGUGUCAUGAUGGGAGGUGUGCCCUGAUGGGAGGGUGUGUCAUGCUGGGUGGGUGUGUCAUGAUGGGAGGUGUGUCAUGAUGGGAGGGUGUCAUAAUGGGAGGUGUGUCAUGAUGGGGGGUGUCAUGAUGGGAGGUGUCAUGAUGGGUGGGUGUGUCAUGAUGGGAGGUGUGUCAUGAUGGGAGGUGUGUCAUGAUGGGUGGGUGUGUCAUGAUGGGAAGUGUGUCAUAGGUGUGUCGUGAUGGGAAGGUGUGUCAUGAUGGGAAGGUGUGUCAUGAUAGGAGGGUGUGUCAUCAGACCAGCUGAGAGUGUACGGGUUAAGAGGAGCGUCGCCGAGGGUGGUUGAGCCUUGAGGCAGGCAUCUCCAGAAUGAGUGUUCUAGAGUCGCUAGGGUGAAUGGCCCGGAGGAUUCAGUUUGGGAGGACGAGUGUCUCGUGAUGAGGAUGGAACAUGCACGUCUUUUCCCAGUGUCCAUUCACAUUUCUUUUGUCAAGCAUCAAUAGUUUUGUUUAUAGACAACUGUUCAAAUACAUGUAUUUAAAGUGCUGAUACAGUGUAUGUUUAUAUGUACUGGAGGAGAUCUGUCCUGAGUUUUCCUUUGUUUGAUAGAUAUAUGCAAACCAGAACCAUAUAGCCACCUUGAUAUUUAUUGUAAUUCAGAUCAGACAGAUAUUGUGCCCAACCAUAUGUGUUGUUUGUUUUCGAAGGUCAUUUGAACCAAGGUCAUUUGAACCAAGGUCAUUUGAACCAACAUAAAAUGAUGAUCCAGUUGAAGACUUGAAUGACUCUCUAGCAAGUCACUGUCCUGAUCUCGGGUUGCAGGUAUAUUGUUGAAGUUGAUGAGAACUUUCUUGAUCAUCAACUUUAGGCUAUGAAAUAAGGCAGCAUUAUGUAUCAUAGAGUGCUACAUUAUCAAUUUCCAUUUGAAUGUUUUUGUGAUUAUUUGUAGUAUUAACCGACUUGUAUGUGUGAGGAAGUGAUGGAAACUGAUGCUGUGGUAUCACAAUGUUAUUGUCACAGUCUUAUGCAAAUUGGAGAGUAAAAUGUUUAUGAAACAAAUUGUUUCGAUGUAUUACAGACAUGUUGAUGUAGUGUUGGAGACACUUGGUUUGGUGUUGAUAGUACAUUUCAUAAAGGGCUCAUUCAGCAAUACAACACUGAACGUUCCACAUGUAAAGACAUCUCAGAGAGUUUUUUCAACAAGGGUAGACACCACUGGUCAAAUCCAACCAGUCUGCAGCUCAUUUCAGACUAGUGUCUCAUUUGAAGUAAUUCCAUUUGGUGAGAACACAACAAGUCUCUAUGGAUUUUCACAGUCUCUGGCUAAUGGACUCGUGGCCGUGUCUAUCUCUUGUUUUCUACUCUCUAGUGUUGAGAUAAUCGGAAGACAGUUAAACACUGGAUAUUGGUUUCCAGAUCUGUAUGAAUCAUAAUGGGAGUAGUAAUUGUUCUUUGACUGUAAUCUGCUGAUAGAUGAGAAAUAUUAAUUACUGAUUCUCAAACAACACUAAAGCAUUUUAUUUUUAAUAUAAAAAUCAGACACUUUGGAAUCAUAUUUGGUUAUUACCUGACAAGGUUUUAUUCCGGCCUUUUGGGAACUGGGUACUGUGCUUUCUCUUGUGUUUGUAUGGGAAGCAGCUCGGCCAAUACUCACUAGCAGUUGAGGUGACUUGUCUGUGUUCACCACUUUUUCCUUCACUUGUUUAGCUCACCUGACUGAAAGUCAAGUGAGCUCAUGUAAUGGCCUGUUUGUCCAGUGUCCACUGUAAACAUCUUCUCUUCAGAAACCACGAAAGCUGAAAUAUGACAUACUUGGUCCCACAAUGAUGACAUCUCAAUUUGUUCAAGAGUUUCGAACCUGAUUUUCAAUAAAAACCUUGAUUUGAUCUUUGCUUUGUGACUUUGCUCCUAAAUUCUCCCAAAAUGCAUUCCCUCACACUGCAAGCAUCCUCUCCUCGGAAACCAUGGGACCAAUGAAACUUCACAUAAAUGGCCUCACCAAAUAAUGUCACCUGAGGUUGUUCAAAGAUUCAAUAUGGCACCACAGCCAUAUUGAAAUAUCUAUUUAUGGCCAUACAUGUUUGUACAAAGUGGAAGAAAAGUAGGUAUUUGUGUUGUUAAUUUGUGCAAAAUUUUGAAUUCUGACUGUAAUAACCUUGUUUGUUCUGAUGAUGACUUCAUAUUCUGUUCAAAUCAUUAGAUUACAGUGAUUUUUGUAGUUCUCAGCAACGUUUGUUAAGUGGCUAUCUUUUUAUGACAUUUUAAACAGUUGACUACAUAUCCAGGUGAGCUACAGUGCUGUGGCACUAUUUUUCCUUCUGUAGGAUACUACUUGUUCAUGUUGGUCUAUAUUUCUACAGAUAUCAUUCUAACAUGCUUUGUAUGUUUACACACAACAUUUUAUCAUUCCAUUGUCAACUUAUCACUGUUCCAUUUUAAAUAAUAAAGUCCUAAGGAAGA